AUGGCUGCUACUGGUCAGAUUUCCAACCCACCUAUGCCAUCUGGUGAUAUCAAGUAUGAUGAUGGUGGAAAUCCCUUUGUGCAUGAUUCAAGUGGUGCAUGGAUCCCACACCUGAUUGCUCAAAGCAGCCUGUUCAUCAUGUGCUCCAACUGGAUCACUACCAAGCUGCCUGCACCACCCAAGGGCCUGAUGAGCCUGUUGAGCAUGCAUUUGAGCACCAAGGCAUGCAUCCAGCAUCUGCCCCUGCCUGCCAUAGAUCCUGCACUCAUGCCACUCCCAUCUGGUCGAGAUGAUGAUCUUAUUAUUCCAUCCUUGAUUGCCCAGUCCCAGGGGAGAGCUGCUUCCCCAAAAAUUGCUGGCUCAUGUUGCCCUGGCAAGGGUGGUUCUAGUGUAAAUAAAAGUAGAGCAUCUAAGGGAAAAGAGAAGGGGAGUAUAGGCAUGCCAAGGUCAAAGAAGUGGCAACAGGACGUCAUUGACUUGGAUGAUGAAGAGGAGAUGAAGGUGAAAUGUGGCCAGCCUCAAGGUGCUGGAAAUUACUCCAUUGGUGAUAUGAAUGCACUACUCAAGUGUCUAAGUCUAUGGUCUAUCUCUCAUGAAGUUCUUCAGCUUGUCAGAACACCCAAGCCAACCAGAACAGGUGUCUGUCCCCCUGAGGUCUUGCAAGCCCAUCAUGUUGAUGAUCUCAUUAAUGAGUGGGCAGGAACUUGUGAACUGAAUGAUUCUGACUUUGAAGAUGUGGCUGAGAAGCCUGACAGUUCUGAUGAAGACAAGGACAAUCUCUGCGAUGCACAGCUGACAAAUGAUAAAUUACACAGCAAAAUAUUUGAUCUUCACAAUGAGCUGUAUGAGAUGCAGCACAAAUAUGAUCAUGCUCAAAUGCGAUAUGAGAUGCUUAAAAUGACAGGUACUCAGCAUUGUCAACCAAUCAGGAUGUACCACAAUCAGCCUAAGCACAAACACCAGGGAUACAGGUGGUUCGCAGAUGGUGGUGAAGUGAUUGAAUGGCUACCAACAAAUGAAGAAGAAGCUAAUUGGAACAGAGAUGGGUACCAUGCCCCAGAUACCAUUGCUGAAGCCAGCACAAGCAAAGAAAAGUUCUCCUUUGGGGACAGUUCUGAAGUCAAGUAG